AUGGCUAAAUGCACCUAGAAGGUCUGAAAUGUCUGUAAAUACAGGACCCGUUAUGGCACCUCCCUCAGGAAAAUGGUGAAGAAAAUUGAAAUCAGCCAGCAUGCCAAGUACACUUGCUCCUUCUGUGACAAAACCAAGAUGAAUAGACAAGCUGUGGGGAUCUGGCACUGUGGUUCCAUCAUGAAAACAGUAGCUGGUGGUACCUGGACCUACAGCAUCUCUUCUGCUGUCACACUAAAAUCUGACAUUAGAAGACUGAAGGAAUUGAAAGACCAGUAGAAGCUCCACAGUUUGAAACAUUGCUAGCCUAUAAUAAAUGGGCUAA